GAUGUUUAGAAUAAUUCCUUAAACAAAUUGUAGUUCUAGAAGCAAUGUUUGUCAUUUGAACUACAUGUGUAAAUAUAAAUUUAUCCACGUAUAUGUAUUUGAGAUAUCAAAAUCGUUUGUACUACUGAGAAAUAUAUAUAUUUGCGUCAUGCGUGAAUAUUGAAAUGAUAGUAAUGUAGCUUCUGUGAAUUGUAUGAUUAUGAUGGAUGACGCACGCUAGUAUAGAACAUUGUUUUACUACAGCGAUACGCUUUGUACUUGUAAUGUGUUUUAGUCGUUUAAGUGCUAUUUUAUUAAUUUUGAAGACUUGAUAGCGUGUAUUACGUGAAAUAAUAUGUUUAGAAAGAAAGAAAAUACAAAACGACAGACAAGACCUGCUGGUAGUCUUGCACAGUAUGGAAUUUUCGACGUGCCAGAGACUUUAGAUGACACAGGUAAUAAUUUUAUGAAUGAUAAUGAUGAUGAUGAUGAUGAUGAUGACUUAGAAGCUGAAUUAGCAGCUUUAACUGCUGGUGAUGACAAUGAAAAAUCUAGACGUACUGCUUCUCGUAAACCAGUUUCUAAAGAAAAUUUAGAUGCAAUGGUAGCUGAAAGCAUGAGAGAUAUUAAUCUUGAAGAAGAGAUGUCCGAUGGAGAUGAUGAUCCAGAAUUAUUGAGUGAACUUAAGAUGAUCACAGGUGAGGAAACUUCUGAAUCUGUGUCUCCAGACAAAGAGGGGAAUUUAGUAGCUGAAAGUACGGAACAACCUGAAACGCAAAAUGAUAAUGAAAAUAUAAUUAAAUUGUUACGAGAAAGAUUACAACUUUAUGAAAUUGCCGAAAAAAAGGCAAAAGAAACAAGUGAAUUAAGCCGAGCAAGAAGGUUUAAUAGGGGUAUUAAAACACUUAAAGAAUUAUUGAGUAAUGCUCAGGCUGGAAAAUUUAUUAAUGAAAGUGAUAUACCACCGGAAUUACCACCACAGGCUACUGCUGAAACAACUGCAGAAGUACCUAGUAAAACAGAAUCUACAGUAGAAACUAACAAUACAGUUGUGACUGAUACUACUACUUCCAUAGAAAAUAAUACUGUUGAAGAGCCUGCUCCAACAAAAAGUAUAGAUGAAGAAGCAUUAAAAUUAUUGAAAGAUAGACAGCAAGAAUAUAAAGUAGCGGCAAUAGCAUGGAAAAGAGCUGGUAACAUGAAAGAGGCUCUCCAAUAUCUAAAUAUAGCAAAACAUUUUGAUAUAGUUAUCACAGCAGUAAAUGCGGGAGAAACGGUUGAUUUAUCAGAUAUGCCAGCUUCUCCAAAUCUACCUGGAUCAAGUACUGCUACACCAUCAAGUGAGAAACCAGAAAAGACAGAAAGUGAAACACAGGGAAAAUCUUCCACAGACUCUACCUUAGCAGAAGUAAAACCACCAAGUUCAGAAAAUUUGGGGACUGCUUUGAAAGAACGUCUUGAGGCAUGUAAAAAGAUAAAAACAACUGCAGAAAAUGAAGGAAACUCGUCUAAAGCUCGUAGAUACGGCCGCAUAUGCAAACAAUUCGAAGAUGCUAUUAAAUUACAUGCUCGUGGAAAACCUGUUCCUAUAGAUGAGUUACCUACUAUACCUGGUUUCGAACCCCUUUCAGUUCCUUCACAAUCUGUACCAGAUCCACCUGUAGAAAAAAACGAAACACCGUCAGAUUCAAUACUGCCAACUCAAGAAUCCAAGUCGCCUGAAGAUAAACUUUCUUCAGAUUCCAAAGCUCCUGUCCCUCCGCCGAGAGCACAAACAGGAAAGAAACAAAAUCAAAAGACGUCGCGUGCGGAAAAACAACUAGCUCUAUUGCAGCAUCGUCAGCAUGAAUUAAAACAGGCUGCUCUUAACGCAAAGAAAGAGGGAGAUAUAGAAUUAGCCCGUACUUUUUUACGACAAGCAAAAGGACUAGAUCAAUUGAUUGAAGCUAGUAAAGCUGGCUUACCAGUUGACAUGAAUUCUAUACCAUUAUCUCCACGAGCAAAAACUGAACUCAAUGCGAAUAGUAUAAUAGGUCUAUUGGACGAUAGUUUUACAGUAAUUGAUACCGAAGAUUGUUCCGAAAAAGUAACUGGAACGGACGAAGAAAUUUAUGAGAAUCUUGAGUCACAAUUAAUGAAACAAAUUAAGUGGUGUUUAUGUACGAGAGAUCAUUGUAAAGCAUUAGGAGAUGUAUCUGGAUAUAAUAAAUGGGAACGUCUUGCACUGAAUUACAAACGAGAUUUAGAUAUGCUAAUAGUUCGAAAACGUGAUGCACUGUCACCGCCACAACAUCAUUAUGAAAUAAGAACUCAUACUAUAGUUCAGAGUUGUACAGAUUUGAGUGAUAGUGACAUAGAAAUUUCAAUAAUUAGGGGAGUGAACUAUUCGAAAGAUGCAGAUACUUAUGUCAUAUUCGAAUUUCCUUAUCCUUCAGAUAGUCCUCCGUCAGAUAGAACGAGUACCAUUAAAGGAGCAUGUAAUCCAGAAUAUGAUGCAGUAUUUUCAUUAAGUGGAAUAGAUCGCUCGUCAAGGCAAUGUCAACGAGCGUUCAAAAGACAUGCAUUAAAAUGUCAAGUUUGGGCUAAGGGAUGCUCGCUGAAUUCCAUCCUGUGUUGCACUAACCCAAGAGGGUUUUUUAGAAGUGACAGUCUUUUGGGUACAGUGACAGUGAAAUUACAACCCUUAGAAACUCAAUGUGAACUUCAUGAUUCGUUUCCGUUGAUGGAUGGAAGAAAGCCAACGGGUGGAAAACUCGAGUUAAAAAUACGAUUGAGAAAUCCGAUUCUUACAAAACAGAUAGAAAACAUUACAGAUAAGUGGCUUAUUAUUGAUUAUUGAUAUAAUAUGGAAUUGGAAUUUUAAAUUUACUUUGCUAAUGAUCGCACCGUUGAGGCCUUGGAAACAUACUAAUAUGAUGUGAUAGAAAUCUGAUUAUGUGUAUUUUGCUUUAUCAAUAGCUUUAAUCAAGUCGAUACGAAUAUAUGAAUAUACAAAACAAUUUAUAUAACAUAAUAUGAAUGUUCAGCCAUUAAAGAAAUAUAUACGAGUUUCUGCAUAUAUGUACGGAAGCACAAUUCAAUAUGUAUGUAAAUAUUCUGCAUAGUAUGCAGAAAACGCAAACAUCGUAUAUGAUUAGGUUGAUGACUAUUUUUCAAAUUGAAAUAUAUUUAAAAAACCGAUGUAUUCUUCCUCUUUGUUUGUAUAUUUUAGUUAUGGUUAGUGACAGGACGUAGUACAAAAUAAUUUAAAUGAAUUUCUACGAACAAUUUUAAAAAUAUAAUUUUUUAAUCGUUCAUUCUUUAAAUAAAGAAACUGAAAGUUAUAUUUUAAAUACGCAAGUAAGCUACUCUUUGGAAGGAGUAUGUGAUUAUUAAUAUAUACAGAGGCUUACCAUAUCGUGGAGCUAUUAAUUUUAAACUAAUUUAGAAUUCAAAUAUUGUUAAAAGGGAAUGUAAUUAAACGAUUAAACCUUUAAGUAUAACUAAAUUUAAUUAGCAUGCACGUAAGGGACUAUUGGUUGUACAUACCGAACAAUUUAAACGUGGAGAAGGAACGAUUGCGGACUGAAGCUGAAUCCACAUUUCCAGAGAACAAUACAGCAGGUGAACCCCACUAACAAACUAUUGUCUGAUAAUCGUUCAACUCAGUCUCCUCCCAGUUCGUCACCCUACUGUUUCUCGUCCACGUGAUUCUAACCACCAGAAAUCCUUGUAAAUUAUGUAUUUAUGAAAUAUUUAUUCAUGGUAAUAUAGAAACAAAUAAUCGAUCUAAUAAAACAAGCAUACAGCUUUAA